AUGGCACUUUCCGUGAUCCAGGCUGGCGUGGCAUUGACUAUUGGCCUACUCCUUCUGAAAAUCCUCAAGGGACGAUCUACCAACAGCAGCGCCAGACCUUUACCUCCAGGGCCGAGACCGAUACCACUCAUUGGCAACCUACGAGACUUACCUCCACAUGGCGAGCAAGAAUGGGUACACUGGUCCAAGCACAAGGACCUAUACGGUCCUAUCAGUUCUAUCACAGUCAUGGGUCAGACGAUUAUCAUCUUGAACGAUGCGCGGUCCGCAACUGAGCUCCUCGACAAGAGAUCUGCUCUCUACUCCUCGCGACCAACAUUGACCUUUGCAUUUGAGAUGUGCGGAUGGCUCAACUUGAUGGGAGGUCAACCGUACGGUGAGCGUUUCCGAGCUUAUCGAAAGCACGUCCACAGUCUCAUGGGAGGAUUGCACCUCCUUGACAAAUUCGGCCAAGUCCAAGAACAAGAAGUUGGACGCUGCCUUCUCCGGAUCCUUCAGAAACCGCAGGAUUUCGUGGACCACCUCCGGACCGAAGCAGGCGCUAUCAUUCUCAAAAUCGCUUACGGAUAUACCAUCGACGCACAUCGUCCGGAUCCGCUUGUCGUGCUGGCAGACGAAGCUCUCGACCAGUUCUCGCAAGCGACCGUCCCAGGAAAAUGGUUGGUCGACACCCUGCCGGCCUUGAAGCAUAUGCCGGACUGGUUUCCUGGAGCCGGGUUCAAGCGUACGGCGAAGGAAUGGAGUCGGACACUGCACGCGGUAGUCGAGGCACCUUACAGGUUUGUCGAACAUCAAAUUACCGACGGGACAGCUCCAGACUCAUUCCUCGGCGACUCUCUCAAAGACGAGAAGCUUAGCGCCCAGCAGCGGGUCGAAGCCAAAUAUACAGCAGCAUCUCUCUACACAGGCGGCGCUGAUACGACCGUGGCUUCGCUUUCCAUAUUUUGUCUUGCCAUGACCAUGUACCCAGAGGUUCAGAAGAAAGCUCAAGAAGAGAUCGACCACGUUAUUGGAGACCAACGGCUGCCGACAUUCCGUGACCGCUCCAAUCUGCCUUACAUCGAAGCUGUUAUCAAGGAAACUUACAGGUGGCACCCCAUUGGACCCAUGGGUCUUCCGCAUGCCUCGACUCAGGAUGACGAAUACAACGGCCAUCUCAUACCCAAAGGAUCCAUCUUGAUGCCGAACACCUGGGUCUUUACGCAUGACCCGGAGAGAUAUCAAGAUCCAAUGCGGUUUAAUCCCGAUCGGUUCUUGCCGACUGAGGAACACGCUGCAGAACAAGACCCGACCAGGUAUAUCUUUGGGUUUGGACGAAGGAUCUGUCCUGGACGCGCGCUGGCCGACCAGUCUAUAUACCUCACCAUUGCCCAAACGCUGGCUGUUUUCAACUUCUCGAAGCCUGACGGGGCUGACAAUCCUAGCCCUAAGUUCACCGCUGGCGUUAUCAGUCAUCCGGAACCUUUCCAAGCAAAGAUCAGAGUGCGCGAUAGCCAACGUGAAAGAUUGAUACGGCAGAUCGAGGUAAAAUAUCCAUGGGAGAAGAGCGAUGCAGAUUACUUCAAGGGCGUGUCCAUGCCCAAGGGUCACUAG